AUGUCCAUAUUUGGUAAUGCCCAGUUGCGCAGGUGCGCUAACCUACUUACUCACUUCCGGGUGAAUCAGCCGGCUUCAAAAAGUUUAGAAAUGUCUUUCACACUUGAGGCUUGUUAUGCGACACUUCCUCGCACCACGCGUGGUCAGCACAUUGUGAUUGGUGGAGAUCCAAAGGGAAAAAACUUCCUGUAUACCAAUGGCAACAGCAUCAUCAUCAGAAACAUCGAGGACCCUUCCAUUGCUGAUGUGUACACACAACAUUCUUGUCAAACAACGGUGGCUAAAUACUCCCCCAGUGGCUUCUACAUUGCUUCAGGAGAUACCUCUGGGAAGGUCAGAAUCUGGGAUACAGUGAACAAGGAGCAUAUUUUGAAAAAUGAGUUUACACCUUUUGCGGGCAAAGUUUGCGAUUUGGCUUGGUCAAGUGACAACCAACGUAUAGUAGCAGUGGGAGAAGGCAAAGAAAAAUUUGGCCAUGUGUUCAACGCUGACACGGGAACAUCUACUGGGGAAAUCAGAGGAAUGACUAAGCCAAUCAAUGCCUGUGAUUUCAAGCCAACACGUCCAUUCAGGAUAGCGACGGCCAGUGAAGAUAUGUCUGUAUCAUUCUUUAAGGGCCCACCUUUCAAAUACGAAUCCAACUUUACUGAGCACACACGGUUUGUUAAUGCUAUCAAAUAUGCACCAGAUGGCUCUGUCUUCAUAUCUGGUGGGGCAGAUGGGAAGGCGUUUGUAUUUGAUGGAGCAAGUGGAGAGAAGAUUGGAGAAUUGGGACCACCUGCCCACAAAGGAGGCAUCUAUGGUCUUUCCUUCAGUCCUGAUAGCAAGGAAGUGCUAACAGUAUCCGGUGACAAAACCUGCAAAAUAUUUAAUGUGGAAACUAAACAAUGUGUCGUGGAAUUCCCUAUGGGCACUAGGAUAGAAGAUAUGCAGGUGGGAUGUCUGUGGCAGGGCGACUACCUCAUCUCCGUAUCUCUGUCUGGACACAUUAACUACCUUGAUAGGAAUAAUCCAUCUCAACCCUCCAGGAUUGUCAAGGGCCACAGUAAACCAAUCACAGCCCUUGCUCUUACAGAAGACCACAGUGUUGCAUUCACUGGGGCCUCUGAUGGUCAAAUCCUUAAGUGGAACAUAAACAAUGGUCAGUGUGAGGAAAUGAAGGGAAAGGGACACAAUAACCAGAUUCAGGAUUUGCAGAUUCAAGAUGAUGUCAUCACGUCUGUUUCUAUGGAUGACACAAUACGAAUGACACCAGUCACUUCUGGAGAAUACAAUUCAAAUUCCUCAAGUUUGGAGUCUCAACCAAGGAAAGUGUCAGUUGCCUCUGGAGGUUUGUCUGUGGUGGCAUGUGUGAACCAUAUGUCCGUCUUGAGGAAUGGGAACAAGGUGUUCAGUUUAAAGGUCGAUUUUGAACCUCUUUGUGUAGCCAUUAAUCCUGGACUGACAGAAGUUGUUGCUGGAGGAGCAUUUGACCAGAACAUCCAUGUGUACAGUCUGAAUGGUGACACGCUCUCUGAGACCCAAACUAUAGCGAUGACAGGUAGUGUACAGGACCUCAAAUUUUCUCCAAAUGGUCAAUACCUCGCAUCUGCAGAUAGCAAUAGGAAAGUUUCGCUCUUUGAAAUGCCAGGUUAUAAAAGCAAGCCUACAAUGUGGGGCUACCACACGGCCAAGGUGAACACUAUAGCAUGGACACCAGAUGGCACCAAGCUUGGCAGUGGAUCACUUGAUACAAAUCUAGAAAUCUGGAAUACUGAACAACUGAACAAGCACAUUACUAUCAGAGGAGCUCACCCCCAGAAUCAAAUCACCAGGGUGGCAUGGUUGGAUGGUAACACCCUCAUCUCUGUGGGUCAGGAUAGUUGUAUUAGGAAGUGGAAGAUAACACAUCACUAGAGGGCUCUGUACACCAAUGAUUUAAUUGAAACAUUCACGUGAUUGAAUGGUGCUUGGGCAAGAUACGACUUAAAGUCAAAAUAAGACACAGGAAUACUGUAAAACAUGUGUGAUUCACUCCCGAUUCACUGUUUCAUUUUACAGUAUAUUCAAAUAUCAUCUUGAAUUGAUGGUUCCUCAAACUGACAUCCAUAGUUGAAUAACUAAUUUGUCGAUGUGGCUA